AACUCCAGAUAUGGUACGAAUCUUGCCAUUUGGGAAGGAAGCAACGCGUGUAAACUUAAAAGUUAUGAUAUUUUUAUUAUUUUAAAUCAAUCAUGGCUCUAAUAUAAACCAUAAGAUGCCUAAAUAUCCCAUCUGAGUUGUAUUCUUAUUCUCAUUCAUGAAUGCUGGCAUGGGUGACUUCCUAAAAAUAUUGCAAAGCUAGCAAUCUUAAUUAACUGUCAAUAAUGCAACUCUUUGGCUCUUAUAUAUGUUGUCUAUCAUUUAAUUUAGUGAACCAACUUGCACUGUGAAAUCAGAGUUUUGAGACUUCAGAGUUCAGACAUUAAAGACUGCAAUGGGUGAAACCAGAAAUGUAAAAAUCCAGGGUGAUGUGUUCAGUUUGCACUUUGGAUUAUCCACCAAACUAGCUGAUGAAGAAAGACAAUAGGUAAUCCAACUUCAAACUAAUAUAUUACCAACAAUAAGCCAAAUUUCAAACCUUAGAAACAUUCUAAUCUCACUAACAAUCUAAAAUCGAAGUGGCCAGCUUCCUGCCUCCAAAUUGCCUAAUUUUAAAACCAGAAACCAUCGUUUUCACUAAUCAGAACAAGUCUCCCACGUGUCACACAUGCGUGUGGGAUUCUCAAACCCCAUUAAUACUCUCCUUCAUGAGGCAUUUAUAAAUAGGACCGGACACCCCACGGUACUACUGCAGCAAAGGACACCCAUAAAUACAAAAGCAAAAGCCCUCCCCAAUCAAAUAUGUCAGCCCCAUCAUUUAUUUUCUCAAUCCUCCUCUUUCAAGUCCUCUUUGCCUUACAGCCAUUUCACCACGUCCUCACCUCCGCAGCUGACGGUCGAUGGCAACUUCUACAAAAAAGCAUUGGCAUUUCAGCCAUGCACAUGCAGCUCCUUAGAAACGACCGAGUAGUUAUGUUUGACAGAACUGAUUUUGGCCCAUCAAAGCUGCCACUGCCAAAUGGGAAAUGCCGCAAUGUCCCAAGUGACGCAGCUCUCAAAGUAGAUUGCACGGCUCAUUCAGUUGAGUACGAUGUUUUGACUAAUAAGCUCAGGGCUCUUAUGGUCCAAACCAACGUAUGGUGCUCUUCAGGCGCUAUCACGCCUGAUGGUAAUUUGGUCCAAACCGGUGGUUUCAAUGACGGUGAAAGAAGGGUCAGAGUUUUUAGCCCAUGCGGGACCUGCGAUUGGAAAGAACUACCAGAUGGAUUGGCAGUCAAAAGAUGGUAUGCCACCAACCAUAUCUUGCCAGAUGGAAGACAAAUUAUUGUCGGUGGUCGCAAACAAUUUAACUACGAGUUUGUUCCUAAAAAUAUUGCAGCCAACACGUUCAAUUUGCCUUUCUUGUCGGAAACCAAUGACAAAGGAGUAGAGAACAAUCUCUAUCCUUUCGUUUUCCUAAAUGUUGAUGGAAACUUAUUUAUUUUCGCAAACAAUCGAGCUAUUUUGCUUAACUAUGUGAAAAAUAAAGUUGUGAAGACGUAUCCAAAUAUUCCAGGUGGCGAUCCUAGAAGCUAUCCAAGCACUGGCUCAGCUGUCUUGCUUCCAUUGAAGAACUUGAAAGCACCAGCUAUUCAAGCUGAAGUUUUGGUUUGUGGAGGUGCUCCUAAAGGAUCUUUUGUCCAAGCCUUACGAGGUAAGUUCAUUGGAGCCUUGAACACUUGCGCCAGGAUCAAUAUAACCGACCCCAACCCACAGUGGGUCAUGGAGACUAUGCCUCUAGCUAGAGUUAUGGGAGACAUGUUAUUGCUUCCAAUUGGCAACGUUUUGCUCAUCAACGGGGCAGGUUCUGGAUCAGCAGGAUGGGAAAUGGGUAGGAACCCGGUUUUAAAUCCAGUCUUGUACCGGCCUGAUAGCAAAAUUGGGACACGGUUCGAGACACAAAACCCCACAACAAUUCCUCGGAUGUACCACUCCUCAGCAGCAUUACUUCGUGAUGGCAGAGUUUUAGUUGGUGGAAGCAAUCCUCACGCGUUUUACAAAUUUACAGGGGUUCUUUUCCCUACUGAACUAAGCUUAGAGGCAUUCUCUCCGGCAUAUUUGGACGCUAAAUACAAUAACUUACGACCGACAAUCGUUGCUCCAAAGUCAAUGUCCGGGAUUAAAUACGGGAACAAAUUAACAGUUCAAGUGGUGAUUACGGGUAAUGUAGCUCAAAACUUGGUGUCUGUAACAAUGGUGGCACCACCUUUCAAUACACAUUCAUUCUCUAUGAAUCAAAGGCUGCUUGUACUUGGAAAUGACAAGCUAACGGCUUUGGGGAAAUCAACGUAUAACAUUGAUGUCACGACGCCAAGUUCAGGUAAUCUUGCGCCAGCAGGGUUUUAUCUUAUAUUUGCGGUCCAUCAAGGCAUUCCCAGCCAGGGCAUUUGGGUCAAAUUGCAGUGAAGAAAAAGAAAAAAGAUUCAUUUAAAUAAAGGUUUGUACUAAUUUGUAUGUUCAGAAAGAUAAUUUGAUUUUCCCCACUCUCUACUUCUUGUUAUUCUUCUUCAAGAUGUGAAAGUUUUUUUUUUAAUGUUUCAGCAAUUUCUGCCGAUUGCUUUUGUACAACUAGGAUACCAUCUUGUAACAAUAUCCUCUACAUGUAAGAGUAUCUACAAAGUUCGAUCAAUAAAGAGGAUGUGUUUUAAUUGCUUGUAUCUUCCAUUGUCAUUGCAUUUUAAGUUAAUUAGUAGUUACUUGUUGAUUAAUUGUAAGUGC